AUGGUCCGGUUUGAAACCGUGAAACCGGUCAUCGGUUUGGUUUUACGUUGCCACACCAGUGCACCACUCGUUUUCCCUCCGAGGCUCCGACUUGCAAGCCAACAGCUCGUCGCCUACCCUGCAGCAGCUCCGAUUCUACCUCUCGUUUCUCUAUCGUUGGCUACUUGGCUGGAUUGUUACUCCGAUAAGAAGCCAACAUCGGACGAAACAAAAGUAGAAAGCCUCCCCUGCAGCUCCGAUUGUUGCUCCGAUAAGGUCCUUACAUGUCCUUACAUGGAUAAAGAUAACAUCAAUAUUCCAAGUAGUGAACCUGUGAACAUCAUUGAUGCUGAUGAUGAUAUGGAAGAGAUUGAUGUAGAUGAUGAUGUUCAUGUGGAGCAAAAUGGAGGUGCUACUGAUAAGAACCAAGGAAGGGGACGAAAACAGUCUAUUGUUUGAAAACAGUUUAUUGUUUGGAAACACUUCAACUGGAGGUGUUACUGAUAAAAACAGUCAUUUGACUUGUUGGAUUGGUGGAAGACAAAUGGAGCAAAAUAUAAGAUUUUAGGAAAAAUUGCACGGGAUGUCUUGGCUGUUCCAGUUUCCACAGUUGCGUCGGAAUCCGCAUUUAGCACCGGGGGUAGAGUUUUGGAUUCAUUUAGGAGUAGUCUUUCUCCUAAAACAGUGCAAGCGCUUAUAUGCACACAAAAUUAGAUUCGGGGUGUGUUUAACAAAAAUGCAAAAGUUGGUUAUGAAGAUGUGUUGAAAGAAAUUGAAGACCUUUGAUGGGAAUGUCAAG